AAAGGAGACAUACAUUAAAACCAGCAUCUUCUAAUCCCAUCCCAAAAGUGACCUCUGUAUCCAGUUCAUGACCUUCAUAAAGUGAAAUGGGGAAACUUGGUUACCUGUUUUUACUUUUUGGAGCCAUUUCCAUUCAGGACUGUACAGAAUGCUUGGAAGAAAACUUGGCCUUAAGAGGUCAUGCUACACAGUCAUCCAUAUAUUACCACAGACCAGCAGAAAAAGCCAUAGAUGGUGUAAGAAAGGCCCCGGGCUCAGCCACAUCCUGCUCCAUGACAGAAGAUGAAAUUAGCCCAUGGUGGAGGUUGGAUCUUCUGGAUAUUUAUUUAGUUAGAACAGUGGUUAUUACUAACAGAGCAGACUGCUGUCCUGAACAAAUCAAUGGAGCAGAGAUUCGCAUUGGAAACUCCCUGGAAAACAACGGCAACAACAAUCCCAGAUGUGCUAUAAUUCCUACUAUUGAAGCAGGUAAUUCUGCCACUUUCUCAUGUGUAAUGGAGGGUCGCUAUGUGAACGUGUUUAUUCCUGGACGUCAGACUUGUCUCACUCUGUGCGAGGUAGAAGUCUAUAAAACAGCAAGAGUCCAGAUCUCCAGCACUGCUGCUUUUGUGGUGCUUGUUAAACAUGCUGCACCAAAAAUUGGUGUGUUGGUCACCAAGUUAUCUGCCCAGGAAAUUGGCACGAACUCCAUUAACAGGUUCUGCUAA